GUCGUAUGGAGAUCUAAUUCUUAGCUUAGACUUUCAAAUCAUUUUCCCCUAAAAAAUGUUUUGCUAAAUAUUUAGUUUUGUAACAUUGUAAAUGUAUUUCGAAUUAUUCAAUCAACACGUUAACACACCCUAUAUACCAAGGCUGACGCUUAGAGCGCAGUGUUUCAUCUACUAAAAUCGGGAGUACCUUGUAAAACUCUAUUUUCAGUCCUAAUUUCGACAUGGAGGCCAAGACAUUAAUUGUGAAUAAGACGCUGCCUUUUGAUCCCUCAUUGUUAACUGUAAACAUAUCGUUACGUCAAGUGGAGGAGAUUGCAAUGACCCUAUCGCACCAGUGUAUAGUAACUGGUACAAAUGAAAUAGCUUGGGCUCUGAGAGCACUCAUGCUGACAGACCUGACCACGCUAGCUGGAGAUGAUACAAGAGCGAAUGUGCGUCGGAUGUGUGUGCGCGCUUGUUAUCCCUUUGAGCCUCAGUUUUUCGACAAAUUCUUUGAGCGCACGCUCUUUUUGGACGUCCACUGUGCCGCUGUGUGCGUGUAUCCGGCACGUGUUGAGGACGCCUAUAAGACGAUUGAACAAUUCAAACAGUUGGAUAGAGUUUCAAUUGCCGCUGUAGCCACCGGGUUCCCCACUGGGCAAUAUGGUUUGCAGACUCGACUACAGGAAAUUAGCCAUGCAAUUCUAGCCGGUGCCACAGAGAUUGAUAUUGUUAUCAAUCGACAGCUGGCACUGUUAGGCGACUGGGAGGCGCUGUACAACGAGGUGAGGCUCAUGCGCAGCGCCUGCGGUGACCACGCACUUCUCAAGACCAUCCUGGCCAUUGGCGAACUGGGUACCAUGGAGAAUGUCUACAAGGCGGCCAUGGUAUGCAUGAUGGCGGGCGCGGAUUUCAUAAAGACAUCUACAGGCAAAGAGGUUGUAAACGCAACCCUGCCCGUUGGAUUGGUUAUGAUUUUCGCCAUACAGGAGUUCAAGCGACGGACUUGUCAAAUAGUUGGCCUCAAGCCAGCUGGCGGUGUACGCACAGUGCGAGAUGCUAUCUCCUGGAUGACUCUCGUUAAAGAGACACUAGGCCCUCGCUGGUUGACACCGCAGCGUUUCCGUUUCGGCGCUACCGGAUUGCUUGACGAUAUUGAUAAAGUGGUCCGCGAAGGCGUAGUUAAGUUGAAGAAGGAAGCGGCCGAGAAGGCCGAAGAGAAUAAGCAGCAGGGUUCAGAUCCAGAUGCUGAAGAUGCUCUUUGCAAAGAGCUGCGCGACAGAAGACUAGGCAGAAAUUGAUUGUAUUGUACUCAAAUCACAUAAUUAUUAAGCAAAUAUAAUCCGGCAGAAAAUAUACAUAAAU